GCCCUUCCUUGACUGUAGUAAACGUCACAACAGAACACUGACGCCAGCGCGCAGUACCGGAAGAGAAGCCUAGUUUCCGGUUAAACAACACUGACGAUGGUUUAUGUGUCAAACGGUCAGGUUCUGGACAGCAGGGCCCGGUCGCCCUGGAGCCUGUCCUUCCUCAGUGAGCUCUUCUGGGGGGCCGUCGAGUUCAUCGGCUUGUUCUUCCAGACUCUCGUUCAGCCUGAUCGGUCUAAAGAUGGCCCCAGCAGUGCAUCGUCUCGCUUCAGUGAUGGCAGAGGUCCUCCUGGAUUCCCUGGGCGCCGGCGGAUGGGCAGAAUAAACCACGGUGCGGGUCCCACCCCUCCUCCUAUGGGCGGAGGAGGAUGAGGAAGGUAAACGCCUGCACAGCGAUGCAGGCGCACAGGAGUGUGACACGCUGGUUGUAGACUGCAUGCUGCUCAGAUAGAGCUCCGCUGCAGACACACACUCAGUACGUCACACUCCUCUUCCUUCGGCUGCCGCUGCUGUCACGCAGUUUCUUGACGUUACUCUGGGAAUUCCUCGUCUGAGGGGCCAGAGCGACUGAUCAUGGCAGCCAGACCCCAGCCGCCAUCAGAGAAUAACACACACACUCACACAUACACACACACACACAGGUUACAUAACUUAAAUCUCUCUCUCUCUCUCUCUUUUUUUAGUAAUAUCUUCCGAAAGUAAUGUUGUAUGAACCCUUUGCAUCAAUAAAGUAAGUUAUAAUGAA